AUGAGGGUGUGGUGGGCCCUUCCCUAUGAUAAAGGCAAAUUCCGCUAUGGUGAUGAUAAGGCGUUCCGCUACUGCCAUGUGUGGUGUGAAAAGGAAAUCCAUGGGAAAUGCAGAAAAAGAAAAAUAAGUACAAUAGGAACAUUUCGCCUCAUAGGUAUUUUGGUUUGUUGGCACCCCACCGCAACAAUGGGUGAAGUAUGUUUGGUUUCCCUGGAGGGAUGGAAGUGCGUAAGCUGGACGCCAAGAUUAGACAAGCCCUCAUUGCCAAAGGCGAGCCGUGGUUGGCAUCAGAGGUCCACGGCACCUACCCCAAGAUGGUGGCAAAAAAAAAAAUUGAGGAGGGUACGGCACCCCGGGUUCCAGUACCAUCACUGA